UUUCAUUGGUGUUGAACAACAUUCAGUAAAAUUAAGAAAUUGUGUGCAAUAGCACAUGUUUGAAAGACUGGUGCCGAUUGUUGAGCACGUUGCGCGUAGUACGACUCGUUCGCAAAAUAUGAAAUAUAUAUUAGUGACUGGUGGUGUGAUAAGUGGAGUCGGCAAAGGUGUUAUUGCAAGUUCCUUUGGGACUAUACUUAAACAUUGCGGCAUUCAUGUGACAUCUAUCAAAAUCGAUCCGUACAUAAAUAUAGAUGCCGGUACAUUUUCCCCGUACGAGCAUGGGGAAGUAUAUGUUUUGGAUGAUGGAGGUGAAGUAGAUUUGGAUCUGGGAAAUUAUGAACGAUUUUUGGACAUCAUUUUACACAAAGAUAACAAUAUAACAACAGGGAAAAUUUAUCAACAUGUUAUCUCAAAGGAAAGACGUGGUGAUUAUUUGGGAAAAACUGUUCAAGUGAUACCACAUAUAACAGAUGCUAUCCAAGAAUGGGUUGAAAAAGUGGCACACCAAUCAGUAACACAGGAUGGUGAUAAACCAGAUAUUUGUAUUGUAGAGCUGGGUGGUACAAUAGGAGAUAUAGAAGGAAUGCCAUUUGUAGAAGCAUUCAGGCAGUUUCAGUUCAGAGCCAAAAGGGAAAAUUUUUGCUGUGCUCAUGUAUCUCUGGUGCCACAACCACGGACCACUGGCGAGCCGAAAACAAAGCCAACGCAGUCCAGCGUGAGAGAACUGCGUGGAUUGGGCUUGUCUCCUGAUCUAAUAGUCUGUAGAUCCGAGAAACCGAUAGGUGACUCCGUGAAAGAAAAAAUUUCAAACUUUUGUCACGUUGCUCCACAACAGGUCAUAACCAUACAUGACCUGACAUCUAUAUACCGGGUACCACUAUUGAUGGAAUCCCAAGGUGUUAUUGAAUUUUUAAACGACAGACUGCAAUUAAACAUCGGAAUGCCACGUCCGCGAUAUUUCAUGCGAAAGUGGAGAGACUUGGCUGAUCGUAUCGAUCACUUGCGAAAGGAAGUGAAUAUUGCAUUAGUGGGAAAAUACACAAAACUGGAAGACUCCUACGCUUCUAUCACAAAAGCGUUACAGCACGCGUGCAUAGAAGUCGGCUACAAACUUAACUUAACAUAUAUAGAAGCUGAUAAUUUAGAACAAGCUAUGAAAGCAUCCAACCCUGUUUUGUACCACGAAGCAUGGCAGUUACUUUGUAAAAGCAACGGUGUCAUAGUACCAGGAGGUUUCGGUAAAAGGGGAAUGUUAGGAAAAAUGGAAGCAUGCAAAUGGUGUAGAACAAACGACAAACCGUUCCUUGGUAUUUGUUUGGGUUUACAAGUAGCGGUCAUUGAAUUCGCCAGAAACGUUUUAGGCUUGGAAACUGCUAACAGCACAGAAAUCGAUCCGCAUACCGAGCAUCCACUAGUUAUAGAUAUGCCAGAACAUAAUUCUGGCCAAAUGGGCGGAACUAUGAGACUUGGUAAAAGGUGUACACGAUUCAUAAAGGAUAGUUCUGUUAUAAAACAAUUAUAUGGUAACAAGGAGUGGAUAAAAGAAAGGCAUAGGCAUAGGUACGAAAUUAAUCCAAAAUAUAUUACUGAGUUGGAAGAAGCUGGAUUGCAUUUUGUUGGUCACGAUGAGGAAAACCUGCGUAUGGAAAUUGCAGAGUUAGAGGGGCAUAGUUAUUAUGUUGCUACACAAUUUCAUCCAGAAUAUUUGUCGAGACCUUUGAAACCUUCGCCUCCAUUCUUGGGAUUGAUUUUGGCUAGUGUCGAUAAAUUAAAAUUCUACUUGUCUAGAGGUUGCAGACUUUCGCCUCAUCAGAUUAGCGAUAACGAGUCUGAAGACGACUAUCCAGAGGAAUUAGAAGUACAAGCCAAUAAGCUGUCAAUGAGCGAUGCAAGUAGGAGUGGUAGCACGACAUCCGGUACCAACGAUUAAAUCUGAAUUCGUGUUGCCAUAAAAAUAUUUUUAAUGACAAAAUAUAAUUUCGUAUGUACAUACGUUAGAACGACGAAAACUUCCUAUAGAAGCAGACGUAGGAUAUACAGUUAAACUUAUAUGUG